UAAAAUAUACCCCUAAUCCAACCAAUCCAAUAUAAAAAUGAGAGAAGUUAUCAGUGUUAACGUCGGUCAAGCCGGUUGUCAAAUUGGUAAUGCCUGUUGGGAGUUGUACUCCUUGGAACAUGGUAUUCAGCCAGAUGGUUACUUGUCCCCUGAGUUGACCAGACCAAAGGGCGGCGAGGAAGGUUUUUCCACCUUCUUCUCUGAAACCGGUUCUGGUAAGUACGUGCCACGCGCCAUUUACGUCGAUUUGGAACCAAGUGUCAUCGACGAAGUCCGCACCGGUACCUACAAGGAUUUGUUCCACCCAGAGCAAUUGAUCUCCGGUAAGGAGGAUGCUGCUAACAACUACGCCAGAGGUCACUACACCGUCGGUAGAGAGUUGUUGGACGACAUUUUGGACAGAAUCAGAAGAAUGGCCGACCAAUGUGACGGCUUGCAGGGCUUCUUGUUCACCCACUCCUUGGGCGGUGGUACCGGUUCCGGUCUCGGCUCCUUGUUGUUGGAGCAAUUGUCCUUAGACUACGGUAAGAAGUCCAAGUUGGAAUUCGCCGUCUACCCGGCCCCACAGCUCUCCACCUCUGUCGUCGAGCCAUACAACACCGUCUUGACCACCCACACCACCUUGGAGCACGCUGACUGUACCUUCAUGGUUGACAACGAAGCCAUCUAUGACAUGUGCCGCAGAUCUUUGGACAUUGCCAGACCAAACUUUGAUUCUUUGAACAGCAUCAUUGCCCAGGUUGUCUCCUCCGUCACUGCGUCGUUGAGAUUCGACGGUUCCUUGAACGUGGAUUUGAACGAAUUCCAGACCAACUUGGUUCCAUACCCAAGAAUCCACUUCCCGUUGGUGUCUUAUGCUCCAGUUAUGUCCAAGUCCAGAGCUAACCACGAAUCCAACUCUGUUGCCGAAAUCACCGCCGCUUGUUUCGAACCCUCCAACCAGAUGGUCAAGUGCGACCCAAGAGUCGGUAAGUACAUGGCCACCUGUUUGUUGUACCGUGGUGACGUUGUCAACCGCGAUGUGCAGAAUGCCGUUGCCCAGAUCAAGGCAAAGAAGACCGUUCAGUUGGUCGACUGGUGCCCAACCGGUUUCAAGAUCGGUAUCUGCUACCAGAAGCCAACCCCAACGCCAAACUCUGAGUUGGCCCAGGUCAGCAGAGCCGUUUGUGUGUUGUCUAACACCACUGCCAUCGCCGAUGCCUGGAGAAGAAUUGACAGAAAGUUCGAUCUUAUGUACUCCAAGAGAGCGUUUGUCCACUGGUACGUCGGUGAAGGCAUGGAAGAAGGUGAGUUCACCGAAGCCAGAGAGGACUUAGCCGCUUUGGAGAGAGACUACAUCGAGGUUGGUGCUGACUCUUUCCCAGAAGAAGAAGAAGAAUACUAGAGCAAGCUGUGCUUGGAUCUUUGCUAGCAUUGUUACGCCUUGUCUAAGAUCUUUCCGCAUUGAAGUGUUUAGUGCCUCUCCUGUUAUGCUCCUCCCCUUUAUUUCUCCCUUUUUUUUAUUCCUUUUUUUUAUUCCUUUUCUAAUCCUGAGUUUACUUUGAAGUUUGUUCAAAAAUAAUAUAUAUA